AUGACUGCUGGGUCUGCUCUCACUGGCUUCUGGCUCUGGCUGGCUCUGGCUUUGGCUUCUGGCUCUGGCUUUGGCUUCUGGCUCUGGACUUUGGUCUCGCAUUGGAGCACGGAUCCUCACUUCCAGCCAUUCCAGGGUUUCCCUGCACCUGCGUCUGCAGCUCUCAUGCGAGAUCUCCGAACUAAAAUCGCAAGGAUACAGACGGUCGGGUCUGCAUAA